AGCGGUACGAGGAAAGAUCACGUGUUCGACACUUCACAAGAAUUAUUCGGUUAAAGCUGCGCUGGAAGCAACAAGAAAGCCGGGGGAGUACUUCGAGAAUAAAGUAAAACUGCUAAGAACAGGCAGGCGUUUACAGUGAGAAAAUGUGGCAAGAUUCUCUUGUGAUAGUUCUAAUAUCUUUGUUCACAGCAUUUGUUGGAGAAGGCUUAACAUGGCUCAUGGUUUACCGGACAGAAAAAUACCAACGUCUGAAGGCCGAGGUAGAAAAACAAAGCAAAAAAAUUGAGAAGAAAAAAGAAAUCGGUGCCGGAGUGUCUGACGUAGACAAGGCCCAGAAGAAGCGUCUCGAGCGAGAGGAAGAACGUCUUCGUGUCAACAACCGUGAUCUCAGCCUAGUAAAGAUGAAGUCGAUGUUUGCAAUUGGGAUUGCUUUCACCGCUCUUUUGUCAUGUUUCAACUCAAUUUUCGACGGUCGGGUUGUGGCGAAACUUCCGUUUGUACCGCUCUCUUGGUUCCAGGGUUUGAGUCAUCGAAAUUUGGCAGGUGACGAUUUCACUGACUGUUCCUUCAUCUUCCUUUACAUCCUUUGUACAAUGUCAAUUCGACAGAACGUUCAGAAAGUCCUUGGUUUUACACCAUCACGCGCGGUGUCCAAGCAAAGCGGUACAAUGUUUGCGCCACCUCCUCAUAUGCGAUAAUCAAUCUGAUCAAUUCAGUUAGAAAACCAAACAAUCUGCCUUUACAAAACAUCCCUUCGACCCACGAACGAUCGCACUUGCUUUAUCGCAGCAAAGAGAGCAUUGGCCACGGAAGGUAUAUAGAGCGCCCGGUAUAUUCAAGCAGAGUGCUUACGUAGAUGUAACGCGUGUCAAAGGUUCGUAUCCUUGGAGUUGUUACUACAGAUGUUAACAGCUCAGUAUUUAUUGUUACUCUGUUGAGCUAGUCUCAUAGAUGAAAGAAGCAAGUCAUUAUCACUCCCUUCUUCUUUCCCUCCUUUAGGCUACUCUAUAAAUGCAACGAAGGAGAGGUCUGUACAAACGAUGACACGAUCAAUAAAUGGACAAUUAAAAAAAAUCGAUGUCGCUGUCACAGCAAUAUCUAAGAAUCCUCUUGCAGUGUAUGGAAUAUUACGAUAGUCUGUUGUCCAUCAUUACGUUGAUCAUCGCAUCCACCAACAUCCAGUGAGGUGGGCGGGUGAAAGGCCUUAAUCAUUUGUAGAAAAUGCCGGUAUAAGCCAGGUACUCAUCUAAUAUUCUUUAUUAGAAUUUCUGUUCUCACCCUCUGUAUAUCCUUAAGCUAAUCAUACGUUAACAGAACAAGAAGACUCUAUAUUUAAGCCUGCCUUUUUUUUAUUCUAAAUUCAUAAGGAAUUUAGGAUAUGGCUGGAUUUUCUAUAUUACUAAUGUCUUUCUUAGUGAGCGUUAUGAGAAAAUAGCUUUUAGUGUAAGAUGCCGUUACCUUCAACGUUGAGCGGAGCUUGGUCUGCGGCAGCAACAAAUUGUAAACCGCCCAAUAACACGCGCACCUAAAGCGGCGAUAAUAUUUAAGUAUCUUAGAUACCAAUGCUAAAUGCCAAGAUGCGUUGGAUAACAAAAAGUAAAUAAAAAUAUAUCUAAACAAACUCGA